ACUACUGACUCAUUCAGCAGCGAACUUGUGCCGGUCUUGCGACGAGUGCCGAGUCCAGUCCUACCUGACAGAAAUUGCCAGCCCAGAGCGAGAGAGAUCAUUUAAAGGCAGCUGCAAUCAGUGCUCGAUCAAUCAUUGAGCCGUGAACGUGACAUUGAACGGAUCUGGCGCGAUAUUCUCCCAGCCAACGACCUCCGAAGAAGUAAUAGGAAGAGUUCGCCCUCGCAAAAAGUGCUACCAGUGAAUCUUGUUUGAAGUGUGUGCCAGAAGAAAUUUCGAAAGCUUUCAGUCAACACUUUCCGCGCUGUAACAAAGCGAAGACGAGCAAAGAGAAAAAAAAAAUGAAGUGCCUAAUCUUCGCAGUUUUGGUCAUUGCUUUGAUGGUCGAGAAUAGCGAUUCUAAGCCCGCCAAGUAUCAGGAUCUUCCCAAGAAAGAUGGAUACGUCCCUGUCUACAUUCGCGUUGGCAAUACUCCGUUGGAGCAAAUCAACCGUGACCUGGCGGCUGCCUUCCAGGCGGCUAAUGCCCGUAGCAUUCGAGGAACCAUGAUUCAGCAACUGAACCGCAAUGCCCGUUUCUCAUCCGAAUCCAGCAGUGCCUCCAGUGAGGAAGCAAACAAUAUCAUUCCAAAGAUCCUCAAUUUCAACAACCAAAGCUCUUCCGAGUCGAACUCGAACUCGAUCGAGUCCAAUUCGUCCGAGCAGGUGCACGAUUUCGCACCGGCCAAGCCCGCUCCUGUUUCCAACAAUGUCGUAUAGGCAACGCGGACUCUGUCAUCUAGCGUGACUGAAGUGAAACAAAAUACUGCCUUCAUUGACUUCAAAAGCAGAAUGUGAUUAACUUCAUUACUUUUUUUUUAAUGCUACACGUACAUCUUCAUCAAUUGCGUUUUAAGGUCAUUAUCAACAUUUAAAGGUAAUAUUAAAACAGGCAAAAUUGGUAAACACUGCCUGAUAAGAUAAUUUUGGAGGAAUAAACGUAUACUUUAAGAACACAAC